CAGAAAGCCGCCCGGCUACGCGGAGUCAGCACUUGACAUUAAAACGGGGUACACGGCGGUGGCCGCCGGUCGAUAAGUUUAACCACAAACAAUUUUUAAACCAAAGCACAUCACCGGUGCACAGCGACCAUGUGAUCCACCGCGGGGGCGUCGUAGUCAGUUUUAACCUCACUCCACCUACAGCAAGCUAACCUUUGUGUGUUCAAACCUUCAGCAGAGGUGUCCUGUCCUCGACUUACAAGCAAAGUGCUUUCAUCAUGGCGCUGGCUGGAGUGAGAGUUAUUGAGCUGGCGGGUCUGGCUCCAGCACCCUUCUGUGGCAUGAUCCUGGCAGACUUCGGAGCCAAGGUCAUCCGCGUGGACCGAACCAAGGUCGCCAUGGCUGUGGAUACACAGGCACGGGGGAAACAAUCCGUGGCGAUCAAUCUGAAGUCCACUGAGGGUGUAGCCUUGCUCAGGAAGCUCUGUGUCCAGUCUGAUGUGGUCCUUGAGCCCUAUCGUAAAGGUGUGAUGGAGAAGCUGGGCCUGGGUCCACAGGAGCUGUUAAAGGAAAAUCCUCUUUUGAUCUACGCUCGGUUGACAGGGUAUGGACAGCGUGGAUCUUAUGCCACUGCAGCUGGGCAUGACAUCAACUACCUCGCCAUGUCAGGCCUUUUAUCCCGGCUGGGUCGUAGUGGAGAGAAGCCCUACGCUCCACUGAAUCUGUUAGCAGAUUUUGCAGGCGGUGGUCUCACCUGUGCCCUGGGGAUAGUCCUGGCGCUGCUGGAGAGGACGAAGUCAGGGAAAGGACAGAUCAUCGAUGCUAGCAUGGUGGAAGGAGCUGCAUAUGUGGGCUCAUUUGCAUGGAAAUCUCGUAGUAUUGGUUUGUGGGACCGUUCUAGAGGAGAGAACAUGUUGGACAGUGGAGCGCCCUUCUACGAUACCUACCAGACUUCAGAUGGAAAGUACAUGGCCGUGGGUGCCAUAGAACCACAGUUCUACAGACAACUACUUAAGGGUUUGGAUUUGGAUGCUGGGGAGCUGCCUCCUCAGAUGAGCUUCAGUGGUUGGCCAGAGAUGAGACGGAUAUUCACAGAGCGCUUUGCUUCAAAGACCCAGGCGGAUUGGUCAAGGAUUUUUGACGGGACUGAUGCCUGUGUUACACCUGUGUUGUCUUUCGACCAGGUGAGCUCACACCCACAUAACCAGGAAAGAGGGUCUUUCAUGAAGGACUCCAGUGGGGAAGAAAGCCCCCGGCCGGCCCCGGUUCUUUCUCGGACUCCUGCUGAGCCUUGCCUCACCUCCGACCCUGUUAUUGGAGAACAUACAGUCAAAGUCCUAGGGGAGUACGGCUUUACAUCAGCAGAGAUAGACCAGAUGCUAGCAGCAGGGGUCAUAGAGUGUAAUGCUGUCAAGGCGAAGUUGUAGAGGAGCACAAAUCAAAGAUUUUGAAAUUCCACACUUGCAGCAUCUUUUAGUUUUCAGAUUUGGGGUAGAUUAUAUGGAAGAGAUGGAGCUUAAUAAGACCAAUAAUGUGCCGUGGACAUAAUUGAUAUAAAUAAUUAAUUUGGACGAAAAACAAAACAAGAUCACUGUCUCACACACCCGUUCCAGAAUCACAUUAAAAGGGAAAGAAGGAAAAAUGUAUUUUCUCUUCAUGAGCUAAACAUUCAAACUGAGAAUUUCUGUGGAGAGAAAGCAUGAAAUACUUCAUCUCAUCCACACUGUUAGCUACAGCGUAUAGGAAGCUCUGAAAAUGAAGUGUCAGUGUUAGUAAAAACUGCUAUAAAUGAAUCAUUUUAAAUCCUUUCAUCCAAUUUAAACAACUUAUCUCUGUCCAGGUUAUGUUAAUUUAAUUACAUUUAAUUCAAUAAUUCAAUUCAAUUCAAUAAUCAGUUGGAUUUAUUGUUAUUGCUGGGAUGUGCUGAAAAAAAUGAUAAUGCAUAAUUCUAGGCCGUCAUCUCUGCUGGUUUUCCAUUAUACCGUCGUACUUUGGCCAGUAUGAUUAUGAAACAGGUAGGAAGCUGCAGUGUGACAUCUGUGGUAUUAAAAAAGUCUUUUUCUGUGAUCACAUAUUUUUUAAUUUAGCCUAUCUCAGCUCACAGCUGUCGUCCUUACACUCUGUUUUUGUUUGUUUUUCCCACUGAUGUCGUGACAAUAAUAAUGGAAUAAUAAUUUUAUCUGUAGCACAGCAGGUUGGCAAUGAGGGCCAGAUAAACAGGUUGUAUUUAUGAGCUGCAGUCAAACGCCAUACUUAUUCCUUUGUCUGACAACAAAAACGGGAAAAAAUAUGUAGAGCAACAAGAUCAUAUAUUCAGCUGCAUUAAAACACAGUGCAGGUGAUCAAAGAGAGCAGGAGACAGAACAAAGGUCCCUCUCUCUUUUUUCUUCACACUAACUACAAAAACGAAUAGUUCAAAAAUAGUUGUGCUGUAUGUGUCAAGACAAAGGCAGAAAUAAAUGAAGUGCCUCAUAAAAUAUUAAUUUUAAGCCAACUGUCAAAAAAAAUAUAUGUUAACAAGUGACGUCACACAUUGAUCAGAUAAUAAUAAUAAUAAUAAUAAGAUGAUUUAAGUCGAUUGCGAACAGCUACAAACAUUUAUAAACAUUCACAAGUGAAGUCCAAGCUCCAGAGACACAAGCUACUCUGGCAGAAAUGUUAAGAGGAUCCAUCCUGUCUGUGUACAGAAGAGAAGCCAAAAACAAACAAAUAAAAGUGGUGGAGCAGAAAAGUAGCAAAGCAGCCAGAUCCAGCAGAUGUUGGCUGUCCGUUUGAUUUUUGUGGUACACGUUGAACAUACAAAGAUUGCAGUUGUUCAUGAACACUGACAGGGAAGGAAAUUUAAAACAUAAAUCAGCACAUUACAAUUAUUUUUCCUGGAAACAUAAUCCUGAUAUGCAGUUGCAUGCAUAUUGCAGCAGUGACAGUCCCUACAGUGAGGAAAGUUAUUAGUUAAGCAGAGAAUAAUCAUAAUACAACGUAUAAAAUGCUAAUAAUACAAUUGUCUCUUGCAGACUUUGGAGGGGAAAUAACUACAUUAUUGAAGAUUUUUAAUUUGAUUUAAAUUGCUCAUCAAUAACAUUUGUGAUUAUUCCAUCAGAGCCGCCUGUUUGUGCAGUAGUUAUUCCAUCCCUUCACUUCACCUUCACAUCCCAGUGGUGCUGCUAAAGGUUUAAACGAUUGGUUUUAAAUGAUUAAAUGCUCAAGACCCAUGGGGUGUGAAGCCUAAAUAUAAUUAAUGAACUUCAUUCAUGUAUAUUCAUACACAGCAUGUGUGUUUUUUUUAACAAUAUUUCUGGUGUUUGCACAGGCAGUAAACACCCUCAGAAAACCUGUGCGUAAGCUGGAGAGCAGCGCUGCGAUUAUUGAAACACUAAAUUAGCCAUCGCCUCAAGAGCUACAUUGUAAAUUCAAGCCUGGAAAAUAAGCAAAUACGUUUCCUAGAAACAGGCAGCAGCGUGACACUAAAACAACAUGAGAGAAACUAAAUGUUGGACAAACUCUGGAUGACUUUGUAGCUGAACAGUGAGCCUAUGGAUUUUAGGUAAUAGGAUACACUGCAGAUUAUAGGUUUAUUCCACUGUGCAUAUCGUCAUGAGCCAAUUGGUUUUAAGCUGUGUAAAGUCAACAUCAAGAAAUCCAUGACUGAAUAGCCUCGUCAGAAAACUGAAAUGAGCACAAAAUGUAAAACUUAAGUAUGUUUUUAUUUGCUGCAUUUGGUGUAAAAGAUAUGAAUAAAAGAGUUCACAUGCUACUUGGAUUUAAAUUUCGAAGCAGCAUACAGCUGAAACGUGAAACGGUUUAAAAGGUCAUUUCGUUCAAAAUGCACACAAAUAAAGAAAUCUCUUCUCACUCGUCCCCUGUGGGAUCGAACGAGACAGUUCUAUAUUUCCUAAUCAAGGUUUUGAGAUUUCCGUCUCUGAGAUGAGGUGACUUAAAUUUCUGGUGUUCAAAUCAGUGAAGAAGUGGCAUUAGAAAAGCUCAGUGUCAACAUGUCUUUUCAAGGGCAAGGAAGUUAAUCCACAGACUUCACUGUGAUUCAUGAGAAUUACUUUCCCCUGAAGAAAUCUUCCCCGUGGAAGCUGUCGACAGCGUGGAUGGAUUAAUCUAAAAGAGGCGCUUCAGGCAGCUCUUGGGCCCCUGUUAAUUUACCUUUCAUUAUCAAUUUACCUAUUGGCAGGUAAAUUGAUGAUGAAAGCAUCUGCAUUGUUUACAUCCAUGUUUAUUUGCUGGGAGUGUUUUUCUUCACUGCCUUUGUUGGUGUAUUGCUACAUAACUUGGUACAUAAUGUAGUGUAUUUCUGAAUUAUUUUUUUAAAUGAUUUCGUAUGAAUUAAACAAGGCAA